ACUCUGGGGCUCCCGAGGCGGCCUCUCGUGCGAUCAAGGGCUCGCAGGGCCGGGAGAGCGACCCGGGGUCCCUGCUCUCCGCGAUCGGAGUUCGGAAGAGGGUGGGUCGCCUCCGCCCGAGGGCCAGAGCGCGAGAGGAGCGGGAAGAAGGAGCGCUCGCCCGCCCGCCCGCCGUCUCGCCGCCUCCCCGGCGCUCGCUCUCCGGGCUCCUAGGUUUGCUGGCUGCUCCUCCCACCCGCGCCCGCCUCCUUGCUCGCUUGCUCGCUCGUUCGAGCCGGUUUCCAAGCCCUGCGGUGCGCCAGGGCGAGUGCGGGGCGAGGGGCCCCGGGGCCAGCGCAGAGCCGGGGGGCGGUGGUCCGGGCAGAGAGCAGCGGGCCGGGGAGGGGCCAUGUCCGGCGCGGGCGCCGCGGGGCCCGUCUGCAGCAAGUGACCGAGCGGCGUGGACGGCUGCCUGCCCCCCUCCGCCACCUGGGCCGGCGCGGGCCCUGGGGCCGGGUGCCUGGAGCCCGGGUCGCGCGUAGAGCCGGCGCGAUGCACGUGCGCUCGCUGCGCGCCGCGGCGCCCCCCAGCUUCGUGGCGCUCUGGGCGCCCCUGUUCCUGCUGCGCUCCGCCCUGGCCGACUUCAGCCUGGACAACGAGGUACACUCGAGCUUCAUCCACCGGCGCCUCCGCAGCCAGGAGCGGCGGGAGAUGCAGCGCGAGAUCCUCUCCAUCCUGGGCUUGCCCCAUCGCCCGCGCCCCCACCUCCAGGGCAAGCACAACUCGGCGCCCAUGUUCAUGCUGGACCUGUACAACGCCAUGGCGGUGGAGGAGGGCGGCGGGCCCGACGGCCAGGGCUUCUCCUACCCCUACAAGGCGGUCUUCAGCACCCAGGGCCCCCCUCUGGCCAGCCUGCAAGAUAGCCACUUCCUCACCGACGCCGAUAUGGUCAUGAGCUUCGUCAACCUCGUGGAACACGACAAAGAGUUUUUCCACCCACGCUACCACCAUCGGGAGUUCCGAUUUGAUCUUUCCAAGAUCCCAGAAGGGGAAGCAGUGACUGCCGCGGAAUUCCGGAUCUACAAGGACUACAUCCGGGAACGCUUCGACAACGAGACCUUCCGGAUCAGCGUUUACCAGGUGCUGCAGGAGCACUUGGGCAGGGAGUCGGACCUGUUCCUGCUCGACAGCCGCACCCUCUGGGCCUCGGAGGAGGGCUGGCUGGUGUUUGACAUCACGGCCACCAGCAACCACUGGGUGGUCAACCCACGGCACAACCUGGGCCUGCAGCUCUCGGUGGAGACCUUGGAUGGGCAGAGCAUCAACCCCAAGUUGGCAGGCCUGAUCGGGCGGCACGGGCCCCAGAACAAGCAGCCCUUCAUGGUGGCCUUCUUCAAAGCCACCGAGGUCCACCUCCGCAGCACCCGCUCCACGGGCAGCAAGCAGCGCAGCCAGAACCGCUCCAAGACGCCCAAGAACCAGGAAGCCCUGCGGGUGGCCAACGUGGCAGAAAACAGCAGCACUGACCAGAGGCAGGCCUGCAAGAAGCAUGAGCUGUACGUUAGCUUCCGUGACCUGGGCUGGCAGGACUGGAUCAUUGCCCCCGAGGGUUAUGCCGCCUACUACUGUGAGGGGGAGUGCGCCUUCCCUCUGAACUCCUACAUGAACGCCACCAACCAUGCCAUCGUGCAGACACUGGUCCACUUUAUCAACCCGGAAACAGUCCCCAAGCCUUGCUGCGCCCCGACUCAACUCAAUGCCAUCUCUGUCCUGUACUUCGAUGACAGCUCCAACGUCAUCCUGAAGAAAUACAGAAACAUGGUUGUCCGGGCCUGCGGCUGCCACUAGCCCCUCCCGGAAGGCAGACCCUUUGGGGCCACAUUUUUCCGGACAGCUGUCACCGCCCAGCGUCUCCCACUGCUCGCCGUGGCAAGGAGCCCGCAGACCACCGCCUCUCGCGAGACCUUCCCGUCCCCUCCCCAGCUUUAACGGUGUAGGAGCACUAAGGAAUUUGGGAGGCAAAUGGCUUUUCAUCAGUCUUUUGUUGUCGUCCUAGGGACAAGAUCCUACAAGCUGCUGCCGGCAAAACCUAACAGGAAGGAAAAUAGAUCAAGAAAAACUGCCCGGCCACGAUCAUUGGCUGUGAAGUGUCGGCCGUGCACUGACUCGUUCCCAGGAGUAAUUAGGGGCGCCCUUCGGCCAGGCCACCCAGCAGCGGGAGGAAAGGGCGCGGAGAGGGGCGGGCACGUUUGUGUCUGUGCUAAAGGAAAACUGACGCGGAAGUUCCUGUAACAAAUGUCACAAUAAAACGAAUGAAUGAAAA